GGAAAUAAAUUUCAUCAUUCGAUUUAGAAUACAGAGUCACUUUGUUGAGAUCUGUCACGAUGAGAAGAAAGAGAGCCAAGAAUGGGCGCAGUACGUCGUUGAAGAUGACUCUAAAUCAAAUGCUGCGGGAAGAGUAUCGUGCACCAUUCAUCGAUCAGGUCACAUACUGGUGCCUUUCGGCCACAAUGAUUACGACUCUGGCGUCAUAAAUGUUUUUGUUCAAAGCAAACAAAGCCUUUGACGAUGAAAAUGCUCGAUUUUUUAAAGGUGAAUGCGAUGAAUACACGAAUGAUCAAUUCAAUAAAUACGUGAAUGGUGUAAUUGGUAUAUGUUUCACCUCGGUAUUACAAGAAAAUUACCACAAAUUACCGCUUGCAUUUCGACGAACUGUGGAGCAAGCAUGUCCUGAUUUUCUUCGUCUAGAAAAUUGGCCAGCUCGCGAGGGCAUGGGGAACGCAUUCAAUCAUCUCAUCACCCAGUACAUAACAAACUUGAAAAAUAACAUCAACGAAGCAGCAGGCAUUGGAUUGCCAAUCAAUGUAGACCUCCAGAAUCUCAUUCGUGAUCGCUGGUUCCAAACCAUCCCAAUAUUUAUAAACAUUCAGCGACAAAUUUUCGAUUUUCACGCGAAAUAUGAAAGGUUGAAACAACGCUGGUUCCAAUAUCGACGCGAUCCGAACAACAAUGUCAUGCCGACCACUCCACUCCCGCCAAAAAUAAAGAAUUUUUUAGUAGUUCCAGUCCACGAUUUCGAUAUGAAACAUAUCCGCAUCGAUAUCCAUCUUUUUUAUUUGAUUGCGCGCAAAUUUGGAGCAUUGAAAUUGGCAAAAGGAAAACGCGGUCAGCCAAUAAACAUUGAAAAAACUGAAUACGAUAGCAAUCCAGCUAUCUAUUGGGAUUUAAUAUUUGACCUGCCAAAAAUUUCAAAACUUGGAAAUGGUAAGGAAUUCGAUUUUGCUGUGGCAACCGAUAGUGUGGCAGUUUCGUUAUGUUUCGUGAAGCCUGAACGCAAUACACCAGAACUUGAUAACAACACCAUCAAAGAGAAGUACAAUAAUUUUGAGUUUGAUUAUGUGCUUGGAAUCGAUCCAGGAGUUCGUACAUGGAACGCCACCGUUCGCAAACCCGUUCGAUCCGGCAACGAGGAAAACAUCACAAUUGAUGGUCCAAAAUACCAUUUCAAAGCGAAAUAUGGCAAACGCAAGCGUAAAUCCGAUCAAUGGACUGAAUUGUUGCAAAAACAACGGGAACUCGACUAUAAACGCUAUGCAUUUUUUCCAUCGCCGAAAGGACGUUCACAUUGGAUGUGUUACAUCGCUUAUUAUGUGAAAAUGAUGAAACCAGCUAUGGCGGUGUACACAAUACGAUUCCGUCUCGAUAAAUACAUCGAAGAGAAUCGGGCCAGUGACAAAAUCGCGGCAUCACUGACGAAAAAAAAGUCGGCGCUCGUUUUUAUUGGUGCUGCUCAAAUAGCUCCAAACUCACCAAUUGGUAUUAAAAAGCGAUUGCGAUGCCCGGGAUUACGACGACUAUUGAACAGUUUCAAGAAGUUGGGAAAUUGUAUUGUACGAUUGGUCGACGAAUACAAUACAUCGCAAACUUGUGCAAAAUGUUUCCGGCCAUUCGAUCGAUGAACCAAAAGCGAUCGAUACAAAGUUUGUCAGCAUUGUAUUCCAAGUGAAGAUAAGUCAUCGCAAUGGAAUUUACCGAACGUGAUUAUCACCAUGAAAAGCAACCGAGUGUACCAACAAUUGCGUAAAUAUGCAGUUGAUUUUGUUAAUCGAUUGAAUGCAGCCAACCCAGAUCAUAUUCCAAUGGAUUAAGAUGGUUUAGUGUCAAAACUUCAAGUAUGUUUCAAAAACUGGCAACUAAACACUGGCAUUUGGAAAAAUGAUCGAGCUCCAUUUCAAUUGAAAACUAUUUGGCACCGGGAUAUCGUUGCAGCCAAGAACAUCAUGUACAAAGGUCUUUGUACGGUGUUGGGAUUGGACAUUCAUCCGCAACUAUUGAGACCACAGAAUCAAAAUGCUGCCGUACAAAAUCAAGCAGCUGACGAUGAGGAUUCCAGUGACGAUGAGGACUACGUUUAUGUUCUCGAUGUUUCCGAUGACGAACAGUUUUAAUUACAUGUAGCAUUAAGAUUUCUUUUUAAAUAAUAUUAUUGUAACGUUUUGUUACUAUGCUGGGCUUGAGUUUUGUGGCCUUGACCGAAGUACGGGCAGUUCGGUAUAUAAAAUAGCCCGUAGAAAAAAUUUGUCUAUAUAUACAUACCCAUAUCAUGAAUUGCCUUACUUGGCGGACCUAUAAAAAUUAUAUUCUCCUUUUCACACUGGUCAGAAAAUUCAACACUCUCCGAUAAAAAACCGUAACCCGGAUGAAUGGCACAACAAUUUGCUUUUUUUGCCACCUCUAUAAUUUUUGAAGAAUUUAAGUACGAUUGUACAGAUGGAGAGGGACCUAUAUAAUAGGCUUCGUCAGCUUCAUGAACAUGAAGAGUGUUUGCGUCAGCAUCUGAAAAAACGGCCACAGUACGAACACCUAAUCGACGAGCUGUUUUAAUGACACGACAUGCAAUCUCUCCCCUAU